AUGUCCUUCCGUGGUAACCGUGGCCUUUCUGACAAGGACAACGUCGCCAUCUCAAGGAUGCCAACAGGCCUUCGGUCUCGAAAUACCCCGUCAUCUGGUCAUCGACCAGUUGCGCUGUCUCCGCCGCGUUCUUGUCCAGCUCAGCUUGUCCCGUUGAAGCCAAGGUUAAGACCAGCCAACUCGAAUGCAUCACCCGUAACUCCAACCACUUUGUAUGGUGAGACCAGAAAGAAGUCCUGGGUCAAUAGCGCGUCCAAGCAUCUUGGGUUGUCGAAGCUGCGUCCCAAGGCGAGUUUUCCACGAGAAGGCAUCAUGAACAUGGAUUCCACCGCCGCGCCGGGGGCGUCCUUGACGAAAAGUCUCAACGUACAACCGCACAACUUAUCCGGAAGCUCUCGUUCACCUGUUCCUGCUCCGCUGAGUCACCCACGACACCAAAGUCCUGAAGAUAAACCACUCCCAAGUCUUCCUGUUGCAACCGUCAAGACUAAAUCACCCAUCCGCAGAUCCCUCAUCGACUGCACUGAAAGACCCCUUCGGCGAUCUCUAACCCCUCCUUAUGGCGGAGUUCAGCAACAAGAAGACUGGCCUGCGAUUGAACCCACAAAAGCCGACACAAUUCGCUCAGAGGUUAGCCAGUCUCAAGUUAAACCAAGUCUGAGCGAGAGCUUGUAUGAAGGCAUGCGAGCAUUGGAUCUGCAUGAUGAUAAGGAGAAAAUUGUCCAAGCAGAACACAACGUCGAAUUCAAAGAGAAUAUCGAGCCGGUGGCAGCAGCAACCCAUUUUCGCGAGGCCAAUUCGGCGGUCACGGCUGACAGCACCACCCGUCCUCUCUCAUCAAGCCAGCUGCCGAAACCUCGUGAAUCUCUGCUUCGAUCACUGUCUAGUCAUGUCGAUUCGCCUAUGACCCAGCAAACAAAGACCUCGGCACUGCGACUUCAUCAGGUAAAAGCAAUUGGAGGUUCUAUUGGGGAAAUGGCUGGAAGUAGUGGUCAUAUCCCUCCUGUCCGCGACCGAGCUGAAUCUCCUUCGGUUUGGCGUUCGAAGCAGGCCUUUCCUGGGGGUCCAGUCCGUACUAAUUCUCGUGGUCGUUAUGGUGUUACAGGCCGAGGCUCCCCAUAUACCAUACCGACCCGCUCAAAGUCUGUUCAAAAGACAGCCUCAAGAUAUAAGACGAGCAUUGAUGUAGGAUCAUCUCGCAAUCCAGUCACCGACCAGGGCUUCGGUCUUGCCCAGCGUGGAACCACGACCCAACAACCUUCCUCACCAAGACAAAAUGGCCGCAAGAGUUCCCUUCCUUUGCCCACUAGACUUACUCGUCAAGCACUGGACGAAAGCAGCGAAGGAAACAUGCGCAAGAACUCACCUUCGGAGCCCUUCAUGAACAUCGCUGUGCACGAACUCCCGGGUGCGGGAAGACCGUCAAGCCAUCUUGUUGAAGACUUUGCCAGCAAUGGAGUCAACGAAAAUGGCAACCCUUCUGAAACCACGAACAAACAUAAAGUCGAACUUCUAAAUGUUAAAGAAAUGCUAUCCACAACAGCCCCCCGCGAUGACGAGUCCUUCGUUGAUAGCGAUGGCGAGUCUGGAGUCAGCAUUCAUGGCUACGAUUCCUUCGGAGGAUAUCGUGUUCGGCGCGUUGGGAAUGGGUCUAGAAUGGGUCCGACUCUUCGCAUCACAGAUUCUGCCAGCCGCGUUCUGCUAGGUCAAGGGGGCAACGAUCUUGUGGGCAAGCGAAGUCACAGGCCUUCUCUUAACCACAAGGGAAGCGCCCCUGAUAUUGGCUCCCCACGAAUUGCGAAAGACCAAGUCCGACGAUCCAGUGCCAUCUUCAGCCGCCCCAUGUCACUCGUCAGAAAUUUCACAGAUCGAUCUCUUAACCUGCAUCACGACGCAGACCAAGAUGAGACUCAGAAUCUCAUCGGUAAGGAUAGCUCUGUGGAUACCGUGGUGCGGGCAGAACUUCCGGACAAUAGCAUCAAUUUCAGAAUGGGCCAGCUAGGAGACCUACACACCAACGUCAAUGCCAGAGAAUCGACCGAGAAGGAGACAUCUGUUUACCAGACCACUCCAACCUCUACACAGAGUGACUGGCCCUGCAAGGACUUUGCGGAUUUCAGCACGCCCUCUAAGCCCGCGGCUGUCACAGCGAAGCAGAAGGAAAACGCCUCGAGCAGUACGACUGACGGGGUUAUCACGAAGCGACAAACACCAAGCUCUUCGUCGAGACCACCUACCAUCGUCCUGCGCGCCGCCCCGAGUAAAGAGACAGCGCCUUUCUUGUUCCAAGAUCUAGCACAAGAACAAGCCAAACAGGAGAAGCUUGUCAAUGAUCUUGCAAAGGCGACAUAUGACGAGGUCGCAACAGUCCCCGAACCAAAAACCACUACACCCUUUCCCCCACGCACUUCGUCGCGGAAGCCCAAACCACCUCCGAUCAUUGUCUCUCCCCCUGAGCAUCAUCCUCAAUCAAUUAGCUUCCUGGCGCAGCGAGCACCGAAAGCAUACGCGGUCAACCAAGACAAGAUCAAGAAGCCACGCAAUGUAAAGACAUUUUCACAGAGCAUUUCUCCACGCACUGACUCCGUCAAAGGAAGGAAGAUCUCACACGUCUUGGCACAUAGUCCGUCGAGUUCCAGUAAGAAGACAGUCAUCUCCAACAUUCGGGGCUUGUUUCACAAGAGGUCGGUUGAGUCGAGUAAGGCAGCUACGAAUGCUAUUGAAAGUGGUGCCGUAUCAGAUGAGGUGAACCCGAACCCAGCCAAAGCAGCCGGUGGUCCUGGAUCCCUACGUCGCAAACCAGUCCCAACUUCGACGUCAGGAGAGAGGGAUGAUAAGAAUGUGAGCUGUCAACUUCAAGUGAAUUCUAGCGACAAUGGACAAACGGGACAAGGUAAACUGAAGCCAACCCAUGAAAGUCAAGCGACAGAAUCGCAGGAGCAAAUCAGCCGUACAGGUUCGAGAGCGCUUAGACGGAAGACUCCUUUCAUCAGUCCCACUACACCUUUCACAGCAGGCCUCAACACAUCGGUGUUUCCCACUUCGCCGCUCGAGACUAGUGCAGUGGCUGCCAAAGCAACGGCAAAGAAGAUCGCCUCUCCCACCACUCAUGCCCAUCCUCAGGUACGAUCACCGACGACUUUAUCCCCAACUACCCCGCCCACACUAGCUAUCGCGACGAACAUGACCCAUUCUCUGCUGGACCUCGCGCGCACCUCGACCGACCCUACCCGCAAGGCUCACCUUAUUGAAUUAUCAAAGUGUAUGGUCGAGGUUGUCAGUUCGGCCAGGGACGCGGAAAAGGCAAUGGAAAAGGCCAAGAUGGAGGCCAGUCGGGCAGAGUGCGCCUGGCUCAAGUGUUUGAAGGACGUUGGACAGGUAGAAGGGCUGAUCAAGGGGAUUGUUGAAUUCAAGGCAUAG